GUUCGUGUUCUAGCGGUAGCUGCUACUUGGUAACUCCUGGUUACGGUUAUCAAUAUGUUUACCGCAUAGGACAGCCGUCGCUUACAUAGCAGCUUUACCUGUAAAGUAACGAACUGAACUCUUAUUUAAAAGUUUAAACAAAUUUCUCCAUUUAUCUGCAAAAAAACGCGUUGUAAAGCCGCCGCCGCCGAAAGCAACAACGGAAUCGUGCGCCUGCGCCGCGCUGAAGGCGCUGUCAUAGCCGUUAUACUGACGCUGAGUCGUUAGAAAUGAGGAAAAAGGUUGAUGGACGCAUCCGGACGCUUAUCGAGAACUGCGCUAAGACGCGACAGCGCGCUUUGCUGGUUCUCGUGGGCGACAAGGGACGUGACCAAGUCGUAAACCUGCACUACAUGCUGUCAAAGGCGAGCGUCAAGGCACGGCCGUCCGUGCUAUGGUGCUACAAGAAGGACCUCCACCUCAGCAGCCACCGCAAGAAGCGCAUGCGCCAGAUCAAGAAGAUGGCCCAGCGCGGGCUGCUGGACGCGGAGAAGGAGGACCCCUUUGCGCUCUUCGUGGCCUCCACCAACAUCCGCUACUGCUACUACCACGAGACCCAAAACAUCCUGGGUAACACGUACGGCAUGGCGGUGCUGCAGGACUUUGAGGCCAUCACGCCCAACCUGCUGGCUCGCUCCAUCGAGACGGUGGAGGGCGGCGGGCUGGUGGUGAUGCUGCUGUCCAACCUCAACUCCCUCUCGCAGCUCUACACCAUGACCAUGGACGCACACACGCGGUUCAGGACGGAGUCGCACCAGGACGUCGUGGGUCGGUUCAACGAGCGGAUGGUGCUGUCGCUGGCCUCCUGCCCGCACUGCCUGCUGCUGGAUGAUGAGCUCAAUGUGCUGCCCACUUCCUCGCUGGUGCGCCACAUCGCUCCGCUGCCCACCGGCCCCGACGGCGCCCCGCUGGAGGACCCGGGGCGGGCGGCGCGGGAGGAGCUGGCGGAGCUGAGCGGCAGCCUGGCGGACACGCAGCCCGCCGGCAGCCUGGUGUCCCGCUGCCGCACGCUGGACCAGGCUCGCGCGCUGGUGACCUUCCUGGACGCGGCGAGUGAGAAGACGCUGCGGAGCACCGUGGCGCUCACGGCCUCGCGAGGCAGGGGCAAGUCCGCGGCGCUGGGUCUAGCCAUCGCGGGCGCCCUGGCGCUGGGCUACUCCAACAUCUUCGUGACGGCGCCCUCGCCCGAGAACCUGAGGACGCUGUUCGAGUUUGUGUUCAAGGGUCUUGACGCGCUGGACUACAAGGAGCACAUCGACUACGACCUGGUUGAGUCCACCAACCCCGCAUUCGGGAAGGCGGUGGUGCGGGUCAACCUGUUCAGGAACCACCGACAGACCGUGCAGUACAUCCAGCCUCAGCACCACGCCAAGCUGGCGCAGGCGGAGCUGCUGGUGAUCGACGAGGCGGCCGCCAUCCCGCUGCCGGUUGUGAAGCAGCUGCUGGGGCCCUACCUGGUGUUCCUGUGCUCGACGGUCAACGGAUACGAGGGAACGGGUCGCAGCUUGUCCCUGAAGCUGAUUCAGCAGCUGCGCGAGCAGGGAGCCAAGAUCGGGGGUGGCGGUCCCCCGGGGGCCGCGGCGGGGGGCGGCAGCGGCGAGGGCAAGGAGGGUGCGGGCGGCAGUGGCAGUGGCAGUGGCAGCGGGGGGGCGGUGGGGCGCAGCUUCCGAGAGGUGCACCUGGGGGAGCCCAUCAGGUACGCCCCCGGCGACCCCAUCGAGUCCUGGCUGCAUGAGCUGCUGUGCCUGGACGCCGCCUCGCACCUGCCCAAGCCGCCGCCCCGCCUGCCGCACCCCUCCGACUGCGAGCUGUUCUUCGUGGAGCGGGACACGCUGUUCUCGUACCACAAGGCCAGUGAGCGGUUCCUGCAGCAGAUGGUGGCCCUCUUCGUGGCCUCCCACUACAAGAACACCCCCAACGACCUGCUGCUCAUGAGCGACGCGCCCGCGCACCAGCUCUUCGUGCUGCUGCCGCCCGUGGACCCCACCAGCAACACCAUGCCGCACAUCCUGGCGGUGGCGCAGGUUGCCCUGGAGGGCAGCAUCUCCAAGCGCUCCGCCGUCAACUCGCUGUCCAAGGGCGACCUGCCGCAGGGCGACCUCAUCCCCUGGACCGUGUCGCAGCAGUACCAGGACCCCGACUUCCCGGCGCUCAGCGGGGGGCGGGUGGUGCGCAUCGCGGUGCACCCGGAGCUGGGCAGGGCGGGGUACGGCAGCAGGGUGUUGGAGCUGCUGCGGCGCUACUACCAGGGCGAGCUGACCAGCCUGGAGGAGGAGGAGCAGGAGCAGGAGGGGCGCAGCAAGGGCGGGCGGCAGGGUCAGGACGGCAAGGGGGCGGCGGCGGGCUCGGAGGAGGGCUCGGAAGACGAGGAGGAGGAGGAGGAGGAGGCGGAGAAGAAGAAGAAGUCUAAGAAGGCUUCCAAGCAGGAGGAGGAUGGGGAAGAUGAUGAGGAGGAGGAGGACGGGGAGGGCGGCAGCAAGCGCAGUUCCCAGCUGCUGACGGAGCGGCUGGGUCCUCGCAAGGGGCUGCCGCCGCUGCUGGUGAGCCUGGCGGACAGGCGGCCGGAGCGACUGCACUACCUGGGCGUGUCGUACGGCCUCACCCAGCAGCUGUACAGCUUCUGGCGCAAGGCCGGCUACUGCCCGCUCUACCUGCGCCAGAGCGCCAGCGACACCACGGGCGAGCACACCUGCGUGAUGCUGCGGCCGCUGGAGCACCCGGGGGUGGCGGGGGUGGGCUGGCUGCAGCCCUUCGUGACCGACUUCAAGGCGCGCUUCACGGGGCUGCUGGCGGGGGCGUUCCGGGACAUGCCGCCCGCGCUGGCGCUGAGCAUCCUGGACCCGCAGCUCACCUGGGGCGAGGCUGAUGCGCAGCGGGCGGCGCAGGAGGGGGUGGUGGUGAUGCGGGGGGAUGGCAGCGCGCUGGACGCAUACGACCUGAAGCGCCUGCAGGCCUACUCCGCCAGUCUGGUGGACUACCACCUCAUUCUGGACCUGCUGCCCCCCCUGGCGCAAGCCUACCUACGCGGCCGCCUGCCCGUGUCCCUGUCGUACGGCCAGGCAGCCAUCCUGCUCGUACUCGGCCUGCAGCGCCGCGAGCUGUCCGAGCUGGAGACCGAGCUGGGGCUGCCGGCCAACCAGCUGCUCGCGCUCUUCAACAAGGCAGUACGGAAGGUGUACGGAUGCCUGCGGGCGGCCAAGGAGGCGGCGGUGGCGCGCACGUUGCCGGCUGUGCGACAUGCGGGCGCGGGGGAGCUGAUGGCGCCGCAUGAGGUGGGGCUGGAUGCGGAGUUGGAUGAGGCGGCGGAGGCGGAGAAGGCGAAGCUGCGGGAGCGCUACUUGAAGGCGGAGGAUCUGGCGCAGUUUGCGAUCCGGGGCGGGGAUGAGGAGAUCCAGGCGGCGUUGGGAGGGCGUGCGCCGGCGGCGGGAGGCAUUGUGUCGGUGAAG